AUGGCCAGCAAGUUCCAUCCCAACCUGGUGCGCCUGUUGGGCUACUGUGUGCAAUACGACCGCGGCACAAGCCACGUGGAGCAAAUCCUCGUGUAUGAGUACAUGGAGAACCGGGACCUGGAGAGCUGGAUCGGACCAGGGCCAGUGUUCAAGGACCCCUACCUGGACGCACCAGAUGACUUGGUGCUGCGCUGGGCUCGCCUUGCCCUCUCCUGCACCGCCAUGCCUGCAGCCUCCCGCCCCACCAUGAAUCAAGUGCUGGGGGAGCUGGUGAGGUUCAAGCAGGAGGCGUUUGGAGUGCAUGUGAGCAAGGCGAUAUCUCGCAUGGACAUGGAGAGUGGGGGUUCUGUUGGCAGCUCCUCUGGCUUCACUGCUGAACUGGCCCGUGCGGAGCACAUGGGAAUGCAGAGCGGCUCGUUGACCAGCGGUUCCUUGUCCUAG